AGCAAAAGCGGGCCGUGCUGCCAGAGCUCCUCACACACUGAGAGACCACGAGAGGGAGAGCACCACUGCACCGGCUCGCCGGAAACAAACACUCUGUCAUUCUGUCUCAUAUAGAUCACAUAGAUCAAAGCCUCGGCGUUCAGCACACAUCUCUGCAAGACACUUAUUCAGUGCCUAUUCAGCUAGAGCUUUAUUAUAUACUGUAGUUAUUAUAGUGGAAGCACUGGAGAGAGAUAGGGAGAGCUAGCUGAUCUCUACUGCGUUCAGAGAGAUUCACACUUUCUCUGGGUUCAGCCUCCUCUCAUCCACACCUGCAUGACUGUGCUAGAGGACAAAAUGACGACCACGAUGGACACGAACAACACAGGGGGCGUAAUCUCAUACAUCGGCUCAUGCGGAGGCUCCCCGAACCGCACCAGCCCGGUGUCCAUGUACAGUGAGAAUUCCAACAGCAGUUCACAGUCCUUGACCCAGCAAUUCUUCGGCUCAUCCUUCCCGCCUUCACCCAACGGCUCCCAAGAUUCCUCCCGCAUGUACACCAGCAGUAGCAGCAGCAGCAGCAGUUCUGGCUCUGGUGAGGAUGGGAACUCCUCCUGCUCUGGUGGAUCCCCAAGGGGUCGUGAUGAAGGCACCAACGCACGCAAUUCACCCAACAAAUCAGUUGCGGCUCUUACAAAGCUCAAUGGGAUGGUGCUGCUCUGUAAAGUCUGCGGAGAUGUAGCUUCAGGUUUCCAUUAUGGCGUCCAUGCUUGUGAAGGUUGCAAGGGGUUCUUCCGUCGGAGCAUCCAGCAAAACAUCCAGUACAAAAAGUGCCUGAAGAAUGAGACUUGCACUAUUAUGAGGAUCAACCGCAACCGCUGUCAGCAGUGUCGUUUCAAGAAAUGCUUGUCCGUGGGCAUGUCUCGGGAUGCUGUCCGUUUUGGACGCAUCCCAAAGCGUGAAAAGCAGCGCAUGCUGGCUGAGAUGCAGAGUGCCAUGAAUAACAUGGUGAACAAUCAGCUGCAGAGUGAAUUCCAGAUGGCUAGUCUCAAAUCCGUGACCCCGUCCUCUACGUCACCUUCUUCCUCAUCGCCCUGUCCAGGUCUGACCGUGGCCCCUAAGCCUCAGCCUCCUGCUGUGCCCAUACCUCCUUCCCCCUCCCCACCGGCUCCUGCCUCCCCUCCGGCUCAGCCGGCUCAGAGCCCUCCUCUGAUCGCCACUUCCCCUCCACUGUGCCACAGCCCUGGCGUGGACAGUACCAUCAUGGCUAUCACCCGAGCCCACCGCGAGACCUUUGUCUACGCUCACGAUAAGCUAGGCCCUGUACCACGGCCCCAAAAUAAUGUCGAUAUCAGUGACCAAAUUGGCAAUCGCUGUUCAGCUGGCUACCACAUCAAUGGCCACAAUACAACCCGUCACAAUAAUAACAUUACCCCUCACCACAAUGGCUUUGAAAUGGCAUCUGAUAAUGGACAUCACUUCCAAUCCUCACCAGUCUCCAGUCAGCAGCAUCACGGGUUGCCACACCAAAACAUUGGGCGACGCCUUCUCAACAACAACUCGUACGGGGUUCAUCAGAGUCAAGAGACCAGCAACAAUGUCCAGUCACAAAACUGCCCGUGGAAAAACCGCAAGGAGAUUCUUUUGGCUUGCCCAAUGAAUAUGCAUCCUCAGGCAGACCCUAACAAGACACCACAGGAGAUUUGGGAAGACUUCUCACUAAGCUUCACACCAGCUGUGCGUGAAGUGGUAGAGUUCGCCAAACACAUCCCUGGUUUCAGCUCCCUGUCCCAAAAUGAUCAGGUCACGCUGCUGAAGGCUGGAACCUUUGAGGUGCUGAUGGUGCGUUUCGCCUCUCUGUUUAAUGUUAAGGAGAAGACUGUAACGUUUAUCUCUGGCACCACCUACAGCCUAGAAGCUCUGAAGAACAUGGGCAUGGGAGAUCUGUUGGGAACCAUGUUUGACUUCAGUGAGAAACUCAAUGCUCUUGAGCUCUCUCCAGAGGAGCUGGGACUCUUCACUGCUGUAGUACUGGUAUCUGCAGAUCGCUCUGGCAUUGAGAACAUCAACUCAGUGGAGAUGCUGCAGGAGAGCCUGAUCCGAGCCCUCCGUGCACUGGUCAGCAAGAGUGCUCCUGCUGAUGCUUCACGUUUCACCAAGCUGCUGCUCAAACUGCCAGACCUCCGCACCCUCAACAACAUGCACUCCGAGAAGCUUCUGUCUUUCCGCAUUGACUGAGUGGCCCUGGACUGCCCUGUGCUGCAAUCACCAGCCAGCUCAGUCAGAGUUAAUGGGUAGCGUUGGUGGGCUUAACGAAAGGCUUUGCAACACGAGCAUUGGUGCUCCUUUCAAGAGUUCCCCACCAAACAGCUGACUGGCAAUGAUGGUGCUCAAAGACAUGAACAUUAAAGAGUCUGAAGGGACACACCAGCACCAAGUGCUAUCAUAGUGGUCAAAUGACCAUGCAAAGUUUUUGGACAGUUUUAAUUCAUCAGCCACACUUGCCCUGAAGUUUCAACCCCACUGAAGGAUGAUGCAAGGCAUGGACUCAAAGAUUCAACCUUGAAAGUCUUGGACUUCCUGUCCACAAGGACAAGCCAUAGGGAACACGUGAAACAAUGCCUCCUGCAGUGAGAAGGCUGUGAAAGAGGACAGUAAAGGUUAUUAUGGGACAGUUGCUUCAGUCAGGCUUGGGUUCCUCCAAGAGGCUGCGAGACACACUCUCGAAACAGUGACCUGGUUCUUGUUAUCAGUAAUGUUAAGGACAGAAAACAUGAGAAAACUUAUCCCACCUGUAAAUACAUCCCUGUGACUUGUAAAAAUGUGUAAAUAGGCAUAAAUCUAUACAUACUUGAAAUGUUUUAAAAUGUAUAAUAUAUUCUAUAUAUAAAUAUAUAUUUUUUUGUAAAGUCUAAACACUCAAUGCAAAGUUAUAUGUGGGCACAAAUGUAUAAGAUGUCGAGUGUAUGCAUAUUAUAGAACAAUAUUCAGACAUGUAUUUCAGAUGUGUUUUACAUCAUAAAGAUUUUUUUU